UCCUUGUGCACGUAGCAGUCAUUGUGCAUGCCAUCAUACAGGAGUGACACACGGCAGGUGACCGCCCCUCCCACCCGCGACGUGACACGUGCUGGCAGUCCCCUCCGCCACACACGGUUUUCUGGUCUGUAGCCGUCUGAGCUGCUCUCCUCUCUCGGCUCAUUAACGAGCUGGUGCAGACUUAGAACCGCCCAGCAACCAAUAGCUGCUCAGGAGAAGAAGAUGGUUAUGGAAGGGGGGGAGAUGCAGCCUUGUGUUUACACCGACCCCCCCAGACUGAAGUGGGGAGACAGGCAGUGAGGCAGCGUCUGGGACACAGCAAAGGAAGAGAGGGAGAGGGAGAGAGCAGAGCUAUAGACAAAGGAAGGCAAGGAAAGAAGAGGAGAGGAAACAUUGCAAACUCCUGGGCACUGAUUGGGACUUCUGACCUUCUCCUGCUGUGCCAGCUUCCAGUGCCAGAAUUCUGCUGCCCUGCUUUCUGUCUGCAGGUAUUUCUCUGCUAACCCUUUCAUAGCCUCCUGACUCUGUUCUGCCUCUCUUGCAUCGCCCUCUGCAGCAUCCUUCCACCUCUGUGCCCUCCUCGACCACCCACGUGCCCCUCCUGCCUUCCAGACAGUCUAGUGAUGCCACUGUGCAGCAACUUCUCAUAAGAAAAACUCAGGAUGGUUCAACAAAAAUCUGUGGGGGGCAUCCCAAAGAGCCAAGAUGCAGCCCCCGGGGGCCCCAGCUGGUGCAAGACGCCCAGUGGGCACAUCAAGCGUCCGAUGAAUGCCUUCAUGGUGUGGUCUCAGAUCGAGAGGAGGAAGCUGAUGUCUCUGUGCCCCAACAUGCACAACGCUGACAUCUCUCGCAGCCUCGGCCAGCGGUGGAAGUUACUGGAGGACACAGAUAAGAUCCCUUACGUCCGGGAAGCCGAGCGCCUGCGGCUCAAGCACAUGGCCGACUACCCCAACUACAAAUACCGUCCCCGCCGGCGCACACGGGAUCCGGCCAGCAGGACGCGCGCCAGGCUGCCCCGUACCACGUCAAGGUGCCAACCUGCUUCCUCUCCGUGCCAGUCGGAAGUGAAUCUGGGAUCCAGAAUGCACUGGGGGGAGGAAAGCUCCGGAUGGGGGGGGCACAAUGUCGGCCAAUCAGAGGAGACGCCGAAUCAGGAGUCGUCAGAACGCAGCCCGGAGGUGCCCCCCUACUCUCCUGCCCAGCCCCCCCAUGCCCGCUCCCUGCCAUCUUCACCAGAGCCAGUGGAGGAAGAUGAGGGACUGGAUGAAAGUCUCCCCGGGCUUUGCUCUGGGUCGCUCUACGUCCCAUCGGACAGAGACCUCCUGCCCAGCAGCGGGUCUCACUUCGAGUUUCCCGAUCACUGCACUCCGGAGAUGGUGGAGAUGAUCUCCGAUAGCGGUCUUCUUGGAAGUGUCUCUGACUUGGUGUUCUCCUUCUAGAUGAUCUGGGAGGACCCGGCAGCAGGCAACACCUUGUUGAACUGUAUAAAGACUUUUCCUGAUUGAACGACGAAGGUGAUUCGCAUGGAGCACUCUCUCCGCGUUCUCUCAGCACUAUCCGUCUUAUCCG